GAUCCCUCCGUCAGGCGCGCAGCGAGUGCCUCUCUCCCCGUCGUCCGCGAAGAGGUUAGAAUCCUCACGAUACCUAAAGUGACACUUUUCGCGCUUUCCGCCCCUUUUCGCAACCCCCCCCUCCCGUGCGAAAAUCGCCCCCUCCAUCUCCAUCGUUAACGCUUACGAGUAGUUUUUCCGACCCCCUCGAUCACCUUUCCGGGGCGCGGUGCGGACCUCCGUUACUGUAUACGUUACGCCUCGGUUUACGUGACGUUGGGAACGAUCGUUGUGUUGUGUUGAUCGAUCUUGCGAUAAGUGUAUUUUUGUUUUUUUUUCUGGCUCGCCCGCGCGCGGUAGAAUUUGGCGUGUCCGAAAUGUAGCGGUUGUUUCUGCUCUCGCGCUGAGGAAUUGUUGUUUGUUUUGCGGUCUAUUUUGAAUGCGCGGUGGGCAGUUGGUGAACAUGUGGAAGUGCGAUCGCCCGUCGAAAGUUCAGUGUACCUCUAAAUUGUGUCGGUGGCUCUGUUGAUCUUCGUUUUUUGCGCGUUCCUUGUUUUUCUUUCUCUGUCGACGGUAAUGCUGGUGAUUACAAAUGUGCGCGUUUUCUGAUCUCGAAUGCAGCGUUUCAAGGAGCUUGUCGCCAGCAGAUUCAGUGCGAGGAAUAUCAAGGAUCAAAUGGUCAACUCAUUACAAGGAAAAGGCGGCCGGUUGUACCCUGCGUACAGCCUGAGUGGAUCUGAAGGUGAAGACAAUUCGCCUAGCAGGUACCUGGGGAGUGGGCGUGUGCAGCACACCUACCAGCAGCCAGGCGCCCUCAGCGACACGCAAACCUCGGAUAACGCGUCCGACGCCACACUCACAGAUUCAGAGCUCGCCCUCGCGCGCGACUCAACCCUUCUAGUCCAUAACGGAUGUCUGUUGGAUCCUCAUCCUCCUGAUGUGCCUCCCAGAAAUCCGACCAUGAAUCGUCUCCCCGUUCGUCUGGGGGACAUCCCCCUCCCUCACGCACAUCACACAGACCUAGAUGACGAUUUUGAACCGUCAUGCAUUGUCAGAACGCCCUCCGGCAAUGUCUACAUACCAGCAGAUGUGCCGAAAAACCCUUUGGAUUAUAAAUCCAACACUUCUUGUUGUAGUCCGUCUAAAGAACUUUCAAAAAAUGAUAGGAAUAAUUUGGGUUACGGGCAUCCUGUACAUGUACAGCCCGUUAGAAACAACUUACGUAGGCCAACAUCAACACAUCAUUUCCCACCUCCUCGAUUUCAGUUCCAAAAAGGAUUUGCAUCAAGGUGUUCAUGGAAAUGCACAGCUGUUGUGUUCAUUCUUCUCUCUUUAGUUUUAACUGCCACUUUAGCCUAUAUGACAUGGAUUGAAGAUGGCUUCGCAGACAAAACGGCCGCUCCUUUAACAGUCAAAAACGCGCCGCAUUUAAGCAAUAGCUCCGAUCAGUCAGUAGGAAAUCAUUCGUCUAAAGAAUACUCAGUUCAAGAAAAUAGUUCAGAAGUGUCGGAAAAUCCUUCGAUUGAAAUUAAACCUUUCCUUGAACUCUCCUCUACCUUAAGUAGCGUUCCCUCCUCAAUUGUCACGCUUCCUUACGAACCCAAAAUCGAAAUGACAUCUGAACUAAAUCAAGAUUACGAAGACUCUGAACCGACCGAGAUUGGGUCAGCAACGUCAAAGUUCACUGUCGAAGAUAACCAGGUGGCAUGUCCAACAGCUCCACCUCCUCUUAUUCUAGUCCAAGAAGGUACAAAAACAUUUCCAGCAAGGUCGUUUCCUCCAGACGGUACAACGUUUGCUCAGAUCUCAAUCGGCCAAAAACUAUCCAACGAAAUCCCCCCGUAUGGCUAUUGGAACAUGCAAUUCUACCAGUCAGAAGCAGCUUACAUCAAAUUUGACUUCAACAUUCCAAGAGGGGCAAAUAUUGCCAUGUAUGCCAGAAGAAAUGCCUUACCAACCCACACACAAUAUCAUUUUCUGGAGGUCUUAAGUGGCUAUAAAGCGAGACUCACGAGAGCAUCACAUCAGACAAGCGUGAAGAAAGAAAUAAUGCAUUACUUGGAACCCGGUCAUUGGUUUUUGUCUCUGUACAAUGAUGAUGGUGAUGCGCAAGAAGUUAUUCUGGUUGCCGCAGUGUCCGAUGAGCUUACCAAGAGUUGCCCUGGUGGUUGCAAUGGCAAAGGACAGUGUUUAAUGGGCCGGUGUCAGUGCACGCCUGGAUUCGGUGGAGAAGACUGCAGUGAAAGUGUUUGUCCAGUAUUGUGUAGUCAAAGAGGAGAAUACGUCAACGGUGAAUGUCAGUGUAAUCCAGGGUGGAAAGGCAAAGAAUGUAACCUUCGUCACGAUGAAUGUGAGGUUCCCGACUGCAACGGACAUGGGCACUGCUCAAAUGGAAAGUGCGUGUGCGCUCGAGGAUUCAAGGGCAAAUUUUGCGAAGAGGCCGAUUGUCCCCAUCCAACUUGCUCUGGACAUGGUUUCUGCAUAGCUGGCCAGUGUGUCUGCAAGAAAGGCUGGAAAAGUGUCGACUGCAGUGAAAUGGAUAAGGAUGCACUCCAGUGUUUGCCUGACUGCUCAGGACAUGGCAAAUUCGACCUUGAGACCCAGUCUUGCAUCUGCGAAGCAAUGUGGUCUGGUGAAGAUUGCUCCAGAGAGCUGUGUGACUUAGAUUGUGGACUAAACGGUCACUGUGUCGGGAACACCUGUCAGUGCAACCCAGGCUGGACAGGAGAUUUUUGUAAUCAGAAACUCUGCGAUUCUAGGUGCAAUGAUCACGGUCAAUGCAAAAACGGGACUUGUCUUUGUGUUACCGGCUGGAAUGGAAGACAUUGUACCCUUGAGGGCUGUCCCAACAGCUGCUCAGGGCACGGACAAUGUAGAGUCAACUCUGACAGCCAAUGGGAGUGUAGGUGCUCUGACGGAUGGGAUGGAAAAGAUUGCAGUGUUCUUCUCGAACAGAAUUGUGGAGAUGGAAGAGAUAACGACAAAGAUGGUUUAAUGGACUGUGAAGAUCCUGAAUGUUGCUCUAAUCACCUGUGCCGAAGUAGCCAGCUCUGCGUUUUAGCUCCCAAACCCAUUGACAUUUUGUUGAGGAAGCAGCCGCCAGCUAUUACUGCCUCAUUCUUUGAGAGGAUGAAAUUCUUAAUUGAAGAAGGAAGCCUUCAAAACUAUGCAAAGCAGGAGAAUUUCAAUGAAAGUGUUUUUUGGAACUACUUCAAUGCAAGUCGAUCAGCAGUGGUUCGAGGUCGCGUGGUCACUCAAAUGGGGAUGGGUCUCAUGGGUGUACGAGUGAGUACGAGUAUCCCCUUGGAAGGCUUUACGUUGACUCGAGAUGAUGGAUGGUUUGAUAUUUUAGUCAAUGGUGGAGGUGCGGUCACUCUCCAGUUCGGGCGCAGCCCGUUCAAGUCGCAAAGCCGCAUCAUCAAUGUCCCAUGGAAUGAGGUUGUUAUCAUUGAUACGAUUGUUCUGCAAAUGGGAGACGAAAAAGCUGUGAGCACCAUAUCAUCUUCUUGUAAGGUUCAUGAUUACGACCUCAUGAAACCUGUUGUUUUAGCGACAUGGAAACACGGCUUCCAAGGAGCGUGCCCAGAUCGGAGCUCUAUCUUGGCAGAAUCGCAGGUCGUACAAGAAAGUUUCCAAAUCCCAGGCACUGGUCUUAAUUUAAUCUAUCACAGUUCCCGAUCUGCAGGCUACCUCUCAACAAUUCAGCUUCAACUCACACCUGAAACCAUUCCUGACACCCUGCAGUUGAUCCACUUGCGCAUCACGAUUGAAGGAAUUCUUUUCGAAAAAACUUUUGAAGCUGAUCCUGGCAUCAAAUUCACAUACGCAUGGAACAGAUUAAACGUUUACAGGCAACGGGUGUAUGGAGUCACAACAGCUCUGGUGAAAGUCGGGUAUCAGUACAAAGAUUGCCGAGACAUCAUGUGGGAUGUGCAAACAACCAAGUUAAGUGGCCACGACAUGAGCAUUUCUGAAGUAGGAGGUUGGAAUUUAGACAUCCACCACCGCUAUAAUUUCCAUGAAGGAAUUCUGCAGAAAGGUGAUGGCUCAAACAUCUACUUAAAACACAAACCCCGCAUCAUCAAAACAACCCUCGGAGAUGGACACCAACGUCCGUUCGACUGCUCGACUGAAUGCGACGGCACAGCUGGCACCAAACAACGGUUACUCGCACCAGUUGCCCUUGCUGCUGCCCCUGACGGCUCAAUAUUUGUUGGUGAUUUCAAUCUGAUCCGGAGGAUCAUGGUAGAUGGAACAGUCAAAACUGUAGUGAGACUCAAUGUGACAAGAGUCUCUUAUCGGUAUCAUAUCGCAUUGAGUCCUUUGGAUGGCACUGUGUAUAUCUCGGAUCCAGAAUCUCAUCAAAUACUGAAAAUUCGCGAUCCGAAUGAUUUUUCAAAUCCCGAUCACAACUGGGUUCCAGCUGUUGGAUCCGGGGAAAGAUGUUUACCAGGAGAUGAAGCUCAUUGUGGAGAUGGAGCACUAGCAAGGGAUGCUAAACUUGCUUAUCCGAAAGGAGUUGCAGUUUCAGGCGAUAACACGCUUUACUUUGCUGAUGGCACAAAUAUCCGCAUGGUCGAUCGAGAUGGAAUCAUCACCACAGUCGUCGGAAAUCACAUGCACAAAUCCCACUGGAAACCGAUCCCGUGCGAAGGCACAUUAAAUAUCGAAGAAGUCCACCUGAGAUGGCCGACUGAUCUUGCCAUCAAUCCCCUUGAUGACACAUUGCAUGUAAUAGAUGAUCACAUGGUCCUCCAACUGACAUCAGACAGCCGAGUAAAAGUCGUUGCUGGCCGACCUCUCCAUUGCCCUGCCAAAGGUCACUCAGAUAUCGAACUCGCCACCCAUGCCACCUUGGUGAUGCCGCAAAGUAUCGCUUUCGGUCCCAACGGAGACCUGUAUGUAGCUGAAAGUGAUUCUCAACGCAUCAAUAGGAUCCGUGUCAUUGGAACUGAUGGCAAAAUUAUGCAUUACGUAGGUGCAGAAUCCAGAUGCAACUGCUUGGAUAGAGGCUGUGACUGCUUUGAGGAAGAUCACUUCCUUGCCACAAGCUCAAAAUUCAACACCAUCUCAUCCAUUAUUGUCUCUCCUGAUGGAAUCCUUCACAUAGCAGACCAAGCUAACUACAGGAUCCGUUCGGUAAUCGCCAGUCUACCGGAAGCUAACGCAGCGAGAGAGUACGAGGUCUAUUCGCCAGAAUCUCAAGAGCUUUACAUAUUCAACCGUUUUGGACAACACAUUGCCACUAAAAAUAUCCUGACUGGAGAAAUGAGCUAUAUUUUCACUUACACCGUCAACACUAGCAAUGGAAAGUUAAGCACAGUAACGGACUCUGCUGGGAAUAAAGUUUUCUUGCUCCGAGACUACUCUAGUCAAGUCAACUCGAUUGAAAACACAAAAGGACAGAAAUGUCGGUUGAGGCUGUCAAAAAUGAAGCUCCUAAGUGAAAUCAGCACUCCAGACAACUACAAUGUCACUUUUGAUUAUCAUGGUCCUAGCGGACUCAUGAAGAGCAAAUUAGAUUCAACUGGUAGAAGUUAUGUCUAUAAUUAUGAUGAAUUUGGACGUCUGACAGGUGCCGUAACACCGACCGGAAAGAUUGUUAAACUCUCGUUCGAUCUGAGCAUCAAAGGAGCCAUGGUCAAAGUUACCUACGACGACAAACAGCCAGUUGCCAUGCUAAUCAAAGGAUCGACCGUAGUAACCAAACGAGGAGAAGCCGAAUAUCAGUCUGUGUUAUCGAGCGAUAACAGCGUCUCUACAGUCGCACCAUGGGGACACACAAUCAGUAUCGAUACCGUUUCUUACCCUAUUUUAGCUGAUAUAGACCCAGUUUUGGCGGAAAGCUACCCUGUACCUGCCAAACAGAAAACAGACAUUGGCGGUGAUUUAGCAAAUCGCUUCGAGUGGAAAUAUUCGGUACGACACGUCAACAAAAGCCCUAAGGAACCAAUUGCUCAAGUUGUGCGCAAGCUGCGUAUCAAUGGUGACAAUCUGCUGAGUCUGGAAUAUGAUCGAGAGACGGGCACUGUAGCUGUUUUCAUGGAUGACAGAGUUGAGCUUCUGAAUGUUACUUAUGACAGGACAUCUCGGCCUACAAAGUGGGGUCCUAGGAAUGGAAUGUUUGCUGGCGUUGAACUUGAUUACGAUCGAUUCGGACGUCUAUCUACAUGGCGAUGGGGAGGAUUGAAUGAAAGUUAUCACUUCGACAGAGCCGGAAGAUUGGCAGAAAUUCGUUAUGCAGAUGAUAAAUCAAUGUUAUAUACUUUCAAAGAUAUGUUCAGCGGACUGCCUCUGAAAGUAACUACGCCAAGAGGAAGCGAUUAUCUUCUUCAAUACGAUGAUGCUGGUGCCUUACAGUCAUUAACAACUCCUCGCGGUCAUAUCCACGCUUUCUCGUUACAAACCUCCCUUGGUUUCUUCAAAUAUCAAUACUACUCUCCAACAAGUCGCCAUCCAUACGAGCUGAGGUACAACGAUGAGGGUCAAGUCAUUGCAAAAUUGUACCCUCAUCAAUCAGGCAGAGUAGCUUACGUCUACGAUCAAUCUGGAAAACUGGAUACUGUUUUAGCAGGUUUGUCCUCGAUCCAUUACACUUAUCAAGAGAGUACCAGUUUACUGAAAAACAUUGAUGUUAUUGAACCUGGCUUCGAAUUAAAACAUGAGUUCCAUUAUCACAUGGGUAUUCCAAAGGAUGAGAAACUCAAGUUCGGCAGCAAAAGUGGUCUUCACAACACUCAUUACAAAUUCCAGUUUGACGGAAAUGCAAGAAUAUCUGAAAUUGAGGUGGGCAUUGACGGAAAAGAACUACCUCAGUUGAAGCUCAAGUACAACCAGAACCUCGGAACUUUGGAGGGAAUGAGCGACUUGCGCAUUUAUCGCAACACUUUCAACCGAUCUGUGAUUCAAGACACAUCAAAGCAGUUCUUCUCCGUCACAGAAUAUGAUGCUCAUGGCAGGAUCAAAAAUAUUUUGAUCAAUGUGAAAUCUUUGGAUGUUUAUAGAAUGGAACUGGACUAUGAUUCGCGCAGCCGUAUCAUGAAUCAAAAAAUCAUGUUGGGUAGAACUACAAGCACUGAUAGAAUGUCUUACACAGCAGAUGGUCAUAUCCUAGAGGUUGUAGGUAACAAUAAUUGGAAGUACGUAUACGAUGAAAAUGGCAACAAAAUUGGAGUCAUGGAAGGAAAACAGAAAAUUACUCUUGGCUACGACAGUGGUGAUAGAGUGACCCAGGUUGGUGACGUCGAACUCAACGGAUAUGAUGCCCGAGGUUUCGUUAUCAGACGAGGAGAAGUUCGGUUACGUUAUAACGAGAGAGGUCAGCUAAGUCAUGCAAUCAAACCCAACAAGUUCUCAGCAUUCUAUCGAUAUGAUGAUCGCGGAAGACUGAUCGCAAUUCACAACACUGCCGGAAACAUUACCCAACUUUUGUAUGCCGAUCCAAUGCGCCCAGAUUUGGUCUCUCAUCUGCAUUACCCGAAGAUUGGAACUACGUUUAGAUACCUAUAUGAUGAGAAAGGUUUCAUCGUUGCUGUUGAGACUUCUGAACAAAGAUUCUACGUCGCGACUGAUCAGAAUGGUUCACCUAUUGCCUUAUUUGAUACGAAUGGUAACAUCAUCAAGGAAUUCCGCCGCACACCAUUCGGGCAUCUUAUCAGGGAUUCGAAUCCCAAUUUCUUCCUGCCAGUCGACUUCCAAGGCGGUAUGCCCGACCCACACACGGGGCUUCUGUACCUGAAAAAGAGAUGGUACGACCCAUCAGUUGGUCAGUGGCUAACGCCAGAGUGGGAGCGUCUAGCAGGACACCUGACCGUGCCCACGGACAUAUUCGUCUAUAGAUUCCAUAAUAAUGACCCUAUCAACCCCAGGACAUCUCAAGAAGUCAACUACAUGAUUGACUUGAACAGUUGGCUGAAAUUAUACGGAUAUGAUGUUGAAGCUAUGUUGGGCUCAGCUUACACGAGUAAAAUGAUCUAUCAAUGCAAUUCAAAAGUACACUCUCCUCAGCUCGCACCCGAUUUUGGUGUUAUGUCUGGUCUAGGCUGCAUCGUAGAUAAGGUCAAAGAACAGUUCAGCCACCUGGGUUUUGUCGCUCAUCCUCUGCUGAAGUCGGAAGCGAGGACCCGUAACUUGUUACCGAGAGUGGCAUACAGGAAGGCUGUGUUUGGUGAAGGACUUCUCAUCUCUCGCACUGGAAACGGCCGAGCACUAGUUUCGAUCGUCGAAGGAGUCAACUCGGUCGUGCAGGACGUUGUCACAUCAGUCUUCAACAACUCGUUCUUCCUGGAUCUACACUUCAGCCAGCACGAUCAGGAUCUCUUCUACUUUGUUAAGGAUAAUGCCUUGAAGCUACGAGAUGACCUUGAUGAACUUCGACGGCUGGGCGGAAUGUUCAAUGUUUCUACUCAUGAAACUGCUGAUGGGAAAGAGUUGCGGCUUCACAGCACGGACGCUAUUGUUUCAAUACGAUACGGCUCAGACCCACAACAAGAGCGACAUAGACUUUUGAAACAUGCUCACAAAAGAGCUGUGGACAGAGCAUGGGAGAUUGAGAAAUCUCUCGUCUCCUCAGGUUUGGGUGGAGGUCGCGGAGAUUGGACCUCCGAAGAGCAGGAAGAACUGACCCUUCGCGGCAAAGUAGAAGGUUAUGAAGGUAUUGACAUUCAUAGCAUUCAAAGGUAUCCACAGUUAGCCGAUGAUCCUGGCAACGUAGCUUUCAGGAAAGAAGCUAGUCGUAGGAAAAGGAAACGAAGAACUCACAAACGAUUAGAAUCCGAUAAUUGAAGCUGCUCCGGUAGACUUUUCGUUUCAAAUGAGAAGAAAACUUGAAAGAGCUGUGCUUGAAGUGAUACGCUUAAUAUUUAUUUUUUAUUUUCUAUUAUAAUUUAAAAUAACUUUAUUUUUUCUAAAUUCCUGUCCGAUAGUCUU